AAGAAGAAGAACUCCCCGCGAUGUCAACAAAAGAUGAGUCGCCAUGUUGGACUGAUGGGAAGCAGAUAUUUCGCUUAGGUUGGACCAGAACAGCCUUUUUAUCGCAGUUUGUUGUCUGAACAGAAUCUAGGUUCUGGUUCCGGUUCGCCAUGAAGCAUCUCAGAACCGUAGAGGAAACUUUUGACCGUCAGACCGAACUGGUUCUCCAGCUGCUGCUGGAGGCUGCUGUGGAAGUUUUACUGGGACAACGGGAACCAGUAACUGAGGAGGUUCUACUGGAGCGGGAGCCAGAACCGGAGGAGGUUCUGCUGGAGAAGCAGGGACCAAAAGAGAAGCGGAAUCAGCUGAGCAGUGUUCUGGUUCUGAUGUCCAGAGAGGCGGUCCGUAAGAUCCGCAGCAUCUUUAGAGAACUGUACCUGACCGUUUUGACGGAGAACGAAGCUCUGAAGGACAAAGUGAGGCGACUGGAGGGGGAAGAACCACAGAAACCAAAACCCGCCGCUGCAGUGAAGAACCACAAGGCUCCCAAAGUUCGGUCGUUAGUUUUGGACCCUUCAACCAGGUUGGCUGAACUGCAGGUGGUCUCGGUUCAGCCCACCUCCAGCGACCCGGUUCCGGCGAUCUUCACCCACCUUCCUGCCCAACAGCCAAUUGGGAGACAGAACAGCUGCUGCGUUCAAGUGCUGCAGGAGAAAAUAGAUCUGGUUGCUCUAGGCUCACCGCAGGUUGAGGCUGAGGUGGUUUUAGAGACGACCCAGAUCUCCACAGAACCUGAGACUAAAGACGGACUGGCCAAUGGGCUUCCAGGAGGCGACCCGGUCCAACCCGAGGGAGAGGGAACCAUGGGAUCAGAAACUACAGAAGAACCAGAGUCUGGUUCUGAGGGUCCGACGGGCCUCCAGAGUCCAACAGCUGCGAGUGCGGAGCAGCAGAAGGAGCAGGAGCGCUGCCGGCGGCGGCAGCUCUACAAGGAGAAGCGUUUCUUCUGCGAACUCUGCAACAAAGGCUUCCACCAGAACCACCAGCUGACCAAACACAUGGCCAGCCACCGCAAGCCCUUCCCCUGCGACGCCUGCGACAAAGGCUUCUACAAGGCGCACAUGCUGCUCAAGCACCAGCAGAGCCACCAGCUGCGGGAGGCGCAGGAGCGCGACCCGGACAAGCUGCUGCAAUGCGAUCAGUGCAGCAGGAAGUUCCGCCUCCUGCGACAGCUGCGGAUCCACCAAGCGUCGCAUCGGCUGGAGAAGACGCCGCUGGAGUGUCAUGCCUGCGACCGCACCUUCACCUCUGCCGCUGCGCUGCGGUCCCAUGAGGUGUCACACGCUAAGGUGAAACCGUUCAUGUGUGACGUCUGUGGGAAGAGCUUCACCAGGAAGAAGAGCCUGCAGGAGCACCAGAGGGUCCACACAGGGGCGCGGCCGUACCCCUGCCAGACCUGCGGCAAGAGGUUCUCCACCAGCGGCAACCUACGCGUCCACAAGAGGUCACACUCUGACGAGCGGCCGUACAAGUGCAGCGAGUGCGACAAGGCUUUUAAAUGCAGGAUGGGGCUGAUGCAGCACCGGGUGGUCCACUCCGGAGAGAAACCCUUCACCUGCCAUACCUGUGGACUGAGCUUCGGCCUCAAGUACAACCUGCAGCGACACCUGCACCUCCACAACGGAGAGAAACCCCACAGGUGUCAUCAGUGUGGUGAAGGUUUCUCAGGAACCUGGGCUCUGAAAACCCACAUGCUGGUUCACGGUGUGGAGAAGCCCUUCAUGUGCGACUGCUGUGGAAAAACCUUUUUCUACAACUGUCAGCUGCAGAAACACCAGCAGCUGGUUCACGGUGACCUGGAGGGCCGGCUGCCCGGCGCCGUGCGCCGCAGGUCCACCGGAGUCAAACCGUUCACCUGCAAAAUGUGCCUGAAGAGUUUCAGCAGCAGCAGCACGCUCCGGAUGCACGAGAAGAGCCACCAGCAGACCAAGGAGUUUGCCUGCAACACCUGCGGGAAGACCUUCCACCUGCGGCACAUGCUGCGCUACCACCAGCGGCAGCACACCGGCGACCGGCCGCACGUCUGCGCCUUCUGCAACAAAGGCUUCCUGCAGGCGUCGCAGCUGAGGCAGCACGAGCUGCUGCACACUGGGGUGAAGCCGCACCACUGUGAGCAGUGCGGCAAAGAGUUCAGGACGCCUCAGAACUACCACCGCCACCUGCUGGUGCACACUGGAGAGAAGCCGUACCAGUGCAGCGUGUGCAGCCGCCGGUUUCGGCAAUCCAACCAGCUCAAGUCCCACAUGCAGAUCCACACGGGCAUCAAGCUGUACUCCUGCGACCGCUGCCACCUGGGCUUCUCCGACUCCCGGCAGCUGAAGAAGCACCACUGUGGAGACGAGUCGCAGGACACGCUGGAGUCCGGCAGCAAAGGCAGGAGACAGCGGGACGUCUUCGGCUGGACGCCCAACUUCAACAGCUAGACGCUUCAGACUCAACGACGGAAAGGAAACCAUGACUUUACAACAUGGAGACCAACGGUUGAUGUGGUCAGCUGUGUUCUUCUUCUGCACACAAAUGGACAAUCUGGUGUUCUUUACCUUCGUUCUGCAGACAUCCAGACAAACAUUUCGUGUUUAAACUCAGGGAUUCAGUAAUAUGGAAAACCCAAAUGCAUCCAAACACUGAUUGGUCCAUCAGCCGAUCCAGGCGUCCAUUCUGUUCCAAACCUGCAGCGUCGGGUGAUUUGAUGGUCCAGUUUCCUGUCAAACCGCAGAGAAAAACUAACCAAGUGUAAAACUUUUUAAAUUUAAAUUUGUUCUGACAAAAUCCUGAACUCGGCUUUCAAUUUGUAGAAUAAAAGUCAUUAUUUGCACUAGGAGGAA